AUGUCUACUGUGUGGCAUCGCGCCUUUGUACUUGUCUGGUUGACCGGCCGUGUUGCGGGUGAGAUCGCAUUAGGCGCCCUUGCAGGUUGGACGGCUACUGGUUCGGAGGAGCUGGUGGCCACCAUUGCUGCCGUUCUGGACUACCGGAAAAAUUGGGAUGCCCCUUUAGCAGCGAGGUUGGGUCCGCCUGUAAUCGACAUUCCAGGUGGUGUCCAUGAAAAUGCAAGCACCGUCAGCUUGCGUAUCGGUACAACCCACCUGCAGCCCGAUGUUGGCUUGGCUACAGCUUUGGCUUUAAUGUUGGGUUUGGAUGGAGCACAGCCUGUGGUGGGGUUGAUUGGUGCACGGGCAUCUGUUGUCAGCGCUCCGAUUGCCACGUUGGCAGCUGUUCGGAAGGUUCCACAAAUAUCUUUCGGUUCAACUAGCCCUGCUCUUUCCAACAAGGCCGCAUAUCCAUACUUCAUGCGAACAGCACCACCAGACACUCUCCAGGCCUUCGCUCUAUGGGAGUGGAUCAUGCAGUCUGACAUUCCUUUAGUAACUUGCUUAUAUUCCACAGAAGACUUCGGGCAUGGGCUCGUGCAGGAAAUCCAGAAGAGAGCACAACAAGAGGGCCAACCGGACAGGGUGAAGUCGCAAGCAUUGCAGUACAUGCCUCAGGUGUUUGACGUGGACGAGGUACGGAAAACUCUCGCAUCACUGCAUCAAUUAGGAUCCCAAUUCGUAAUCCUUGCUGUGGAGCCUCGAAUGGCUUCUCAAAUACUGCCUGUUCUGAAAGACGAGGGCAUGUUGGGUGGAAACUGGCAGUUCGUUGGCACGGAUCUGUAUGAUGUUGCUGAAAAUGCUCUUCCGGUGGGCUUCAUGACUUUCUUACCAUCUGGCAGAGGAUCCCGCUUUUCAGAUUUCCUGCAGCUUUGGUCAAGGAUCGAUGUGGCUGACAUUUUGAGUAGAGAUUCCAUCCAAGCAUACAGUCUGGACAAACUGGCAGAGCCUUUGGAUCACGCGGCAGUUGCGAGCGUCAUUGGCGACACUAGCAAGACAACUACCUGGGCUGCAUUAUGCUUUGAUGCCGUCUAUACAUUUCUUGUGGCCAUCAACCAGCUUCUGCAGCAGGGAUUGCCCGAGACUUCGAUUCGAGGCGAGGUGCUUCUUGAAGCACUUCGCAAGACACGGUUUUCGGGUGUUUCUGGUGAGGUCAGCUUCGAUGGGAACGGUGACCGGCUCGGAUUAUACAAUCUGCUAAACGUGCAGGUUGUGGGUCUUCAGCAGCAGACCCAAUCUUUCGUCGCAGCAGUAUUUUCUGCAUCCACUGGAAAUUUUACCUUCGAGCGACAGCUGGUUUGGAUGGAUGGAUCCCGUGGGUUUCACGCUCCAGCACGAUUGUCUUUGUGUGAACCUGGCUUUUACCAAGACGGGUUGUCCAGACAAUGCAAAGCAUGUCCCAAAGGUGCCAUGUGCACUGGAGGCAAUGCUUCGUUUGUCAUGUGUUCUCCUGGGACCUUUGCAGACGGCUCGGGGAUGUCGUCGUGUAUGCCAUGUGCGGAAGGCCAUUUCGCUAGUGACCCUGGCGCCUUUGAGUGCAGUCCAUGCAUUCCUGGAUUUGUGGCCCCACGGAUGGGCAUGGAGGUGUGUGACAGGUGCCAUCCAGGAAGUCAUAUGCCUUUCGCGCGAGGCUCUACCUGCUUCCCCUGCGGGGGCAACCAGAUCACAAGAGAGAGCGGAGCGAUUUUCAAGUCGGAGUGCAUAUGUGGCGAAGGUACCUUUCUCUGCAAUCAGCGCUGUGAGCCCUGUCCAGCAGGCCUGUAUUGCCCCGAGGGUCUCGGCCCUCCACUGCAGCAGGCUGGCUUCUGGGCAGAUGUGAAUCUUUUCAAUCAUUCUCCCACAUGCGACGCGUCCGUUUUGCGCUGCCGCAGCCAUUACGAGUGCCCUCUGGGCAAACUGAGCACCUGUGCAGACGGAAGAGAAGGCCCAGCGUGCAACAACUGCAAACCCAACCAUUUUCCAGUGAGUGAUGGUGCAGAGACUGGAGUGUGCCAACCCUGUGAAAGCACAGAUUUCUUACCGGGGCUCGCCUUCUUCACUCUGCUUCCCUGUGGUUUGUUCGUCGUUACAGUGUUGAAAAUGGAGCCAAGUCAAGUCAGCUUCAACUUGCUGACUGCGGCUUCGGUGGCAAGUCAGAUGAUGGUCGCAGCUCAGACCCUUGGUUCCAUGCGGCAGCUGUCUUUGGCCUGGCAGCAUCCUGUGAAGAGACUUCUUGAGUUCACAAACCUUCUCGCCCUGGACUUGGACUUCGUCCGCAUCACUUGCAUAUACGGGACAGACCGCCCGGCAGUCAAGUUUUUCAGUCGAUUGACUUUUUGCCCAGCUGCCUGCGCCUUGAUUCUGGUCACCUGGCUAGUUGCGAGGCUCUGCUUCCGCCCGAAGCCCAUCGACACCACUCUGAACCAGUGCGGACUGUUCCUUUUUGCUUUUUUCCUUCCUGUAACGCUGACAACCUUGAGCCCUUUUCAGUGCACCCCGAAUCCGAACGGAACUGCCUCACCUUUAUCAGAUCCGGGUAUUGUUUGCUACGAAUCAGAUGAGCAUGCCUUUCUGGUCGCGCUGGCAAUGGUGGGACUUGUGACUCAGCCUUUGCCAAUCCUCGUGGGAGCUGCCUAUAUCACGUUCAUGUACCCAUCGCGGGUUGCCAGCGGCAGGGGCCUUCGCAUGAUGAAUCGCUACCGGUUCCUGUUCCAUCGAUUUAAGCCGGAGCAGUACUACUACGGCCUUUUCGUCUUGUGCCGCAAUGGUGUGGUCGCACUGUUGCCCAUUGUGACUGUCGACAUCCCUGAGUUGCAGGUCCCUGGGAUGGCUGUCAUACUGCUGGCUAGCCUUCUGUUGCAAGUCCGGACGUAUCCCUGGCGAACGGAACAGGCAAAUCACGUGGAUCUCCUUCUCACGAGCCUCUUGCUCAUGGUGCUCGUCGGCGCAGCCCCCUUGCUCAACCACGACCAGGAGCGAACCUACUCGGUCUUGGGCUGGCUACUGUGCAUUCCCGUUCUUGGGCUCGCGGUCGUCGGUGGCCUGGCUUUGCUUCGAACCCUUCUGGGCCAUCUCAACAAAAAGCGCCUCUUCGGCAUUUUCCUUUGCCAUCACAAAGGCGGUGCUGGCAGCCUCUGUCGACUUAUUAAGAUCCUUGUGGCCAGGCACAGUCAGGCACGCGUCUUCCUCGACUGCGAUCAACUUGAAAAUUUGGACCUGCUGUUUGACAUCGUUCGCACGUCGACUCGCAGUGUGGUCGUAGUGUUGACGCCGGAGGUCCUUAAGCGAGUUUGGUGCGCCGGCGAGAUAACAACAGCAUGGAAGAAUAACAUCACGACUGUGCCGCUCCUUUGCGAUGGAUUCCGACAGAUGUCAGCAGAAGACCACAAGCGGAUCGGAAACUACUGGACUCCACAGCAGAAGCAAAUGCUCAGCAGCCACGGCAUGGAGAUGCAGGAUGUCUGGCACGCGUACCAGUGGCUACAGUCAGAUCUGGUGCCACUGCACAUGCCGCGGUUUGGUCCGGUAUCGGGACGUGAAGAUAUCGUCCGUGGCAUGCUGGACCGAUGUGGAAUGCUGUCUCGUGGAAUCAGGGGGACAGUGCUAUCAAAAGGACUCUCGUUCACUUCACUGUUACCUUCAAGGGCACGGAUACUGAUCAUGAGUUCAGUGGCAGAUGCUGAAUCUCUGUCAGCCUGUGAGGUUUUCAUGCUCGUGCUCCAGGCACAUCUACAUGUGGAGUGUGCUGUUGUACUCAACAGGAAGCAGAUGAUCAGGUGGAAGCCCUUUGCGUACUACCUGGUGGUAUUGCUCGUGCGUGGCAUAUUCAACAAUCAUCGCUUUGGCCAGCUCCUGUUGACAGGGUUAUCCGCGCCAGGGCGGAGCUUGGAGUUGCUGACCAUCGUUGCCGACCCGCACUUUGAGUUCCCAAGUUUUGAUGCCGAUAGCCAAAUGCACGAUGCAGACGAUGCAAAUGCGAUCAUGGAGGAGAAUGAUCCAUUAAUCGAGGCUUACCGGAGCGUCGUCAGCGUACUGGCAAUGCCUUUCUCGCCGCUGGGGUCGGAAGGCCUGCAGCAGAAGCAGGUUGCAGAAAUCGCUGGCCGGAUGCACCGCUACAAGGAUCCUGCCAAAGCAGCGUGGCGUGACGACGCGGAUGACCGCGGCUUGGAAAUGGACUUGGACUUUGAGGACCGGCACUCGCAGGUGUUGUUUCUGAGUAGACCGGAUUGUGGAGCGCCGCAAUUCUAG